GACCAGGGAGGGUCUAUCUGCCUGACUCUCCUUCCCUCUGCAGAGUCUCUCCUCUCUCACACCACCUUAGUGCUACAAACACCCUCUGUGACCAUGUCUGUCAGAGCUGUGAAGACCACUACCUUCUCCACCUUGUCCUCCUCCAGGGGCCCAUCCCAGGGCUUCAGCAGCCGCUCCUUCUCCGGCUAUGGUGGCCGUGGUGUGGGUAGUGGCAAGCAGAGCUACGCUGUCCGCAGCUCCUAUGGGGGUGUGGGCAGCAGUGGUGCUGCUGUGGGCGCUGGGGGUUUUAAAGUGGUCGGUGGGUAUGUUGCUGGGGGCUCUGGACAAAGAGGAGGUGGGGCAGAGUUUGGCUAUGUGGGCUUCGGUGGAGGCAUGGGUGGUGGCAUGGCCAAUGAAGUGAUGGCUCCCAUCACAGCGGUGACCGUGAACAAGAGCCUGCUGGCCCCCCUGAACCUGGAGAUUGACCCCACCAUCCAGGCAAUCCGCACCCAGGAGAAGGAGCAGAUCAAGACCCUGAACAACCGCUUUGCUUCCUUCAUUGACAAGGUACGCUUCCUAGAACAGCAGAACAAAAUGCUUGAGACCAAGUGGAAACUUCUGCAGGAACAGACCACGUCUCACUCCAACAUUGAUGUCAUGUUUGAAGCCUACAUUGCCAACUUGCGUAAGCAGCUAGACAACUUGGGUCAUGAAAAAUAUAAACUAGAGUCCGACCUGCAUCACAUGACGGGCCUGGUUGAGGACUUCAAAAACAAGUAUGAGGAUGAGAUCAACAAGCGCAAUGAGUGUGAGAACACCUUUGUCCUCACAAAGAAGGACACUGACGCAGCCUACAUGAUCAAAGUGGACCUGGAAGCCAAACUCGAUGGGCUCUCUGAUGAGAUUGAGUUCCUGAGGCAGAUCUUUGAUGCAGAAAUUAAUGAGCUGCAGGGCCAGAUCAAGGACACAUCUGUUGUGGUUGAGAUGGACAACAGCCGUAACCUUGACAUGGACGCCAUCGUUGCUGAAGUGCGUGCCCAGUAUGAAGACAUUGCCAACCGUAGCAGAGCCGAGGCCGAGUCAUGGUACCAGACUAAGUAUGCAGAGAUGCAGCAGUCAGUAGGUAGAUAUGGUGAUGACCUGAAGUCAUCCAAGGCUGAGAUCGCUGACAUGAACCGCAGGAUAAUGAGGCUUCAGUCUGAAAUUGACAUGGUGAAAUCACAGCGAAACAAUUUGGAAGCUCAAAUUGCAGAGGCUGAGGAGCGUGGUGAGAUGGCAGUGAAGGACGCUAAACUCCGCAUCAGAGAGCUGGAGGAAGCCCUCCAGAGAGCCAAGCAGGAUAUGGCCCUGCAAGUCCGCCAGUACCAAGAACUGAUGAAUGUGAAGCUGGCUCUGGACAUUGAGAUCGCCACCUACAGGAAACUGCUGGAAGGAGAGGAGGACAGGUUAGCUACUGGAAUCAAGACCACUGUAUCCAAGCAGACUUGUAAGUCUACGUUCAACCAAGCAUUCAACUACAAUGCCUAUGGCCUGGAGAGCUCCCGCACCCCGUCCUACGUCAGCUGCUCCUUUGGCGGUGUCAGGGCAAGCGGCAGCUCUGGCGCUGCCCUUGAGGGAGCAGAAGUUAAGAGUACCACAGUCACCAAGACAGAAACUGUGGUGAUCAAGACUGAGGAGAAGAAGGAGGAGAAGAAGGUGGAGAAGGAGGAGGAGGAGGAGGAGCAAGCAGCAAUUGAGGAGCCAGCUUCUGUGGAGAAGAAUGAGCAGAAGCAGGAACAGGUGGAGGUUGAAGCUGUGGCUGAGGAGUGAUACUUUCCCCCCUGUUUUGUCAGAUUUAUGAUUUGGUCGAGGAGGUUAAGAAAAAGCACACCUACUCUGCUUUGUUUUUUAUUCCUUAAUGAUUCAUUCACAGAGGUGCCUUCACCAAAUAAUGGGUGUGUUUCUACUGUCAGAGGCGUGAACACAACUUUCCUUCAGAUUUCUUAAUGAAAAGGUGUUAAUGGAUGAGUCUUUGUUUAGGUUUCUGAAAACUCUCUCAAAAAGUUCUUUACUGUAGUCUGAGUCACUGCCUGUGGUUCAGUGUUCACUGCACCACACUUGUUCAGCCAGCAGAUAGCACUGUUGCAUGUGUUUUCCUCAGCUGCUCAGUCUUGUCGAUGACCAACUCAAAGCACUGCUGUCACAUCAACCUGCAAUUCGCAGUGUAACAGCAUGCUGAACUCCUUAUGCUAUAACUGCUGUACUUAAACAGUUAAGUAAGAUGAAAACCAGUCACAGAAGUACUCAUGACUUUUUCUUAGAUAAACCUUUUUCUGUGUACUACUGUUAGCAACACCUGAAGCCCUGUUUGCUCCACAAUAAAUCUUCUUCAAACUGUG